GGCGCGCCGAAGGAGUGCUCUACCAGUGAUUUCCGAGCCAAUGUUGGAUCCAAAACGCCUAGAGGCCUUGCUGGAAGAUGAAUCGAGACGAAGGAACUCUACCAACUCAAUGCAUUUGCUUUGGUUAAAGAGCGUGAUUCUUUUCAAGCUUAUCACAGAAAUUGUGCAUUCAAGAAUACCUGUAUCCUCUGUUAAAAAGCGUCUUGUAGGAUGAUUCAAACAAAGUUAGGUGAAGCUAAAUCUGUGAUAAGUAUGGCCAUACGUUUCGCAUGAGGAGCAGUGAAUGGUUUGAAAUAGAGAACUCACGAAAAACACUUAUCCAAAACUGAACUAAUCUUGCGUAAGAAGGCCUCGGAAUUUGUUCGUUUAGGUGUUAAAUGAUUAUAAAAGAUCAACAGAACAUACCAAACUAGAAAGAGUUAAAGGUUGUCUAAAAAUAGUCCAAGCGUAGCGGGAGGUGUAGUUUCGCUUAAUGCCAUACUCUGUGUGUAGUUCCGUUUCAUUUUUCCUGUCUUGUGUCAUUUCAAGUGCUUUGCAAAUAUGGAAACAGAAGAAUGCUGUAUAAGUCUUAUGUAUUUAUCCACACAACCGGAUUUGCGUGCAGCCUUCCAACACAGCCGAACUGUUUCUACCAGCAAUGGUGAAAGAGUCGAGGCAGCUUCGGUGUAAAUUGAUAAUAAUCCAUUUGUCGCAUAAACUGCACGAAUAUCAGUAACUUACGCGUCGCUCAGUGAGGUAAACCACCAAAAAGAUUAACAAUGCAUCAAUCUGGCCUUUGAGAGCAGUUUUAACGGGAUAAUUGUUCCACACUGUCUUCGUGACCAUAGGCCUAUUUAAAUACAGUCAGUUCCAGAAAAUUCGUUCCCUGCAUGACAAGAAGGCGUGCUAUACGUUUACAAUGGCACUCCAAACCUUAACAUGUUUCAACCCACUAGCUAUAAGUUUUUGUAUUAGUGACAACCUUUGUUUUGGUUGAAAAGGUCUAAUACUUCAUCCUUAAAACUUUACUAAUAUUUAUGACUGAAGAAAUACCUUGCCGUAGCUCUAAUAUAUUCCCUGAGUUGAGUUAUUUAAGAGACAAACAAAUUUUGGUAUCUAAUGGAAACCUGUGCGGGGGCAGAUGUUUUUAAAACUGAGUAAAUCUAGAAUAUUGGCUCGAUUAAACCCUUUGUGUAUGUUACUGAUUGUUAUGUAGAUGUCAAUUUUAUAAAUGAUUAUCAGCUGCACAACACUGAUUGAUUUUGCCUCAGGAAUCUAUAUAAUUUCUAAUUGAAUGCAGAGGACUCAUUUACAAAAAUUUAAAAACCGGUGAGCAUGCAUUUUUUGUGUUAAUUGAUAAUCCUGCAUAUAUCUAAUAAAACGGCUUGUUGAUCUCUCGACGAAAAUGCACGAAACUAAUAAGAAAACUUCAAGGCUAAUGAUUGUCUUCAGUUCGCAAAGGUCUGCACUUGAAUUCUGUUUCAAUUUGAAGCUAAGUGGAGCCCAACACUUAUGGGAAACAGUAUGUCAACAGGCAGUUCUGCGUCGGCGAUCGUCGACGAAAAUUAAGGCUGCUGAUUUGAUGUCAGGAACGAGCCGAAGGGCUUCGAGAUUCUUCAUUGCAUUCCAAAUCCUAAAGCAUUUUAGAUUGAAAAAAAAAACUUCCAAAUUAAAAGCGCAUGUUCUUGAAUUCACCGAAUUUAACGCCAAUGUGUGUUGUUGUUUACAAAGUUGAUAGAACAUACGAUGGUUAGCUUUGAAUGGAAGUACUUAACGCACUCUUGAUAUACAUUCUUACUUUCCGUAAACUGAAAAGAUAAUGAUGUGAAUAAUACGCCAGCUUUGCACUCCACUGAUCUCGCUCGUUUCCCUUUGUGGUUUUUACAAAAGAAUAUAUUGACCAUUGUAAUCAGUGAAAGCUUUUAUAUAAAAUAAUCGAAUAUCGGACCUUGCGUCAUUAUAGAAAGCGGGAAGUAGGCGGAGAUCAUGAUAAUUUAGGUACGAAACAAAUCAAAAUGUUUUGUGCGCGAUCUUAUUUAAAAUGAUUUCGCUGGAUUGUAGAAAGUUUUGGUUAUAGAAAACGGGAAGUAGGCGGAGAUCAUGAUAAUUUAGGCAAAAUUCAGGAGGUCUGGGUUCCAGUCCUGGUUAUUUCGUUGUGUUCUUUGAAAAGACGAUUUACCGGUUACCCGCACAAUGCUGUGAGCUUCGAGGAACAGAUAAUGUCCACGAGCAUAUUUUCGCGCCAAAUCGAGGCUACUGUUUAUAUAAACGGCUUAAGAAAGGAAAAAAAAAGAUCUUACAGUACAACCGUAAUCAAGAUGGUUUCAAAAUGGUUGACGAAGGAUGAAUAAUCGUUAUUUUAAUUGGAUGAAUUCUAUUGUACACAUUAGGCUGACGAAAGAAUAACAAUGCAGAUUUGUUUUUCACAAAGCCUGACUUAAUCAAAUCUCACAGGUGACCAAUGAGCAACUUCUCUUUACAAUAUCACUAAAUUAUCUUGCAACCAGGUAAUAAGAAGUAGCAAAAUUAUCAGCAAGAGUGUUUUUCUUGAUGUAACCUGAGCAUAUGUUAAUCUUGAUGAAAUUGUAAGGCGACUUGGAGCUGAGAAUUCGGAGUCAGAUUUUGAAAUUAAACUUAGAACUAAACAGGCGUUUUCCUAAAAACAAUUUGGGCUUUCCCUAAAUGUAAUGCAUCUGAUCUCCAUAAAUUUGUAUCUAGUACCAGAAGAAAUGUAAACACUCCCGAUAGCAAGACAUUGAAUUAAUCAAUUUACCAGAAAGUUCGUAAAAGUACGGAACACUCGAGAGAUCGAAUAAAGUCAAAUUUUAAAGCAAGCUCUGACGAGUAAAGAAUUUUGACUGAUUGCCCACUUUAUUAAAUACAGCUUCACCAGUAGGUUAACUAUUGAAGUUGGAAAAUAAUGAUUAAUAUAAACGCAACCGGCAAAACACAGGUGUUUCUUAUAAGAAUUAAUUUGCAUACGUGCCAAAGUUUGAAAACAUGACAAUAAAAUGCGCUUUUAAGAAGCUAGUUAAAAGACAGGACAUCUAAUUCAGGCGACUGUUCCUUUUCGAAGAGAAAACGAAUUCGUGUAAACAAUCAAGUUGGUUUUUAAGCAUGGGCGAAUCCUAGCCGAAAGACAUCACAAAUGUUCCUCUCAGCUCAUAGAUGAAACACCACAGAAACAGGAAGAAAAAAAGAUCGUUCAGCCUACCAGCUGUUUCUUUCUUCAAGAGUCAACAACUCAAUGACUCAUUGGAUGCGAACUCAAACGAAGAGGGAGGCUUGGAGAAUUCAGGUCAAACAGAGAGGUACAAGUUAUGCGUCGUUGGCGACAGUGAGUGCGGAAAGACGAGUCUGCUGAAUGCACUCGUUAGAAGUGAUUUUGAAGCAGAAGAAUCUUGCAUUUUUGGCGAAUGCGUGGCAGAUAUCACCACAGAAGAAAAUAGAAUAGAAGUUAUGCUUUGGGAAAUAUCAGGCCUAGAGGACUUUGACAGCAUCAGAAAGGAGAUGUAUCGGGACUCUGACGUCAUUCUCAUUUGUUUUGAUAUUGGUCAUCCCCCAUCAUUAACAAGCGUCGUUGAGAAGUGGGUUCCCGAGAUCAGUAACGUAUGCCCAGGAGUUCCCUACUUGUUGAUUGGCUGUAAGAAUGACUUGCGCACUGACGCGGCUCUGCAGCUCUAUCUGACCGUGCCGGGUCAGGAGUCUGAGGAGAGUGACAGCAUCAACAGACUCCAGGCUAUUUCAGUUGCACAGUCUAUCGCCGCACGUGAUUAUGUGGAAUGCUGCGCCAAAACACGCUGGAAUGUUAAAGAAGUGUUCAAGAGUGCUGCCGUUGCUAUUCUGCAUAAGGACGACGGGAAAGCUCCGGAAGAUACAAACAAAUCUCAAUCGGUACUUCGAAGAUUUUCGUGGUUCCAUCGGAGAUCUUUGGGAUCUGAUGUAAAUGACUGCAACACCGUUGCUCGUUCAGUUUCAGGUAGUCGGCGACGUUCCCUGUUUUCAACAAGCUAACAGGGAAGUUCUCGACCUAAAGAUCCUGAUGUAUUGUUCGAGUCAUUUGGGGCGGUCAUCUUUUUUCUUCACGUCAUCCAGGAAAAGUGGAUAACGUCGCUUCAACUUUUGAGGUCGAUGAUUUUUCAAAUGAAUCAAUUUGAAACCCAGAGUUCUAUGAUUUCCAGACGGUAGGAUAUCAAUAAU